AAAACAACACCAAGAAGACCAAAUCCCUCUUGCCUUAGUUCAGUCAACCAAGCUAGCUUUGUGGCUCUCCUCUCUCUUACUCUACUCUCCUUACCUCCUCUUUAUGGUAUGUUGUUAUCUCAGGGACAAUUUGUCGAACACUUACGGCGCAUAGGAGUAUGAACACUUUUCUUGCCUGAUUUUGUUUUGUUCUUUUGAUGGGUCUGGUCUGGUCUGUUUAAUAGUCUGUUCUUUUUGGUGGGUCUGUAUAAAUAGUUCCUUUUGAUGGGUCUGUUACGUUAUAUCAAGACCAAAAAGAAUAGAGCGUACAGAUGGAUCUAGACUGUGUUACGACGAGUAAUCCUUGACAUCCUAUUUCCAAUUCCCUGGUCCCCCUUUUGCGUGUCUUGAUUAAUCCGGUUCUCUAUUGGAAUACGGAUACCUUUUUGGACAUUUUAUCACUUUCCGGAAAUGGAAGAUGUGAAAAUUGGUGAACAGCUGCCUCCAGAAACCUCUUCAUUGUCCCACCAUGAUGAUCAUUCUAGUGAGGAGAUUACUAAUAACUUAGUUCUGAAUGCAAAAGCUGAAACUGAGAGUGACUUGUCCAUUGGGGAAAGUACUAAGUUAACUACAUCUCAAGCUUCUUUAGAAAAAGACCAACUUCUUCCUGCAGAUAAUCAAGCAUCUACCUCAACAAUCUCAGAAAAUUGUAUAGCAACAACUGCGGUGGAUACAUCUGGUAGCUCAUCCAUAGAACAUCAACUUCUUCCGUCUGAUGCUCCAGCUUCAACCUUACCAAAAGCAUUCAAUGAAUCAGAGACCCAUGAUGAGGUUGUGAUGAAAAGUUCUGAAAAUGGAGCUGUACAAAACACCUCUAAUGGAGCUGCACUCUAUACCUCUAAUGGUAAUGGAGCUGCAGAAGAUACCUCUAAUAAAGCUUCAACAUCUCCACAUGCAGUCAAAGAAAAUGAUAAUCACAGUACAGCGGUGGAGACUUCUGAAACAGGAGCAAAACAUGAUGCCUCUGAUGAACAGAAAUCUCUAGAACAUAGUAUCAAGACUGCCCAUGCUCAGACUGAUGACACUACUGCACCUUCUGCUUCAUCUGCUGAGAUGACAAUCUCUAAAAGUGAUGAGGGGUUUUCUCUUCCUGACACAAAGAUUGCCAGAGUUUCUGUCAGAAAAGAAGACACUGUUGAUUCUCCUAAACUUGUUAAGCAACUUAUUGCAAAUAGAGGCCUUAUUGAUACGACAGCUCCUUUUGAGUCUGUUAAAGAGGCUGUCUCUAAGUUUGGAGGAAUUGUUGAUUGGAAAGCCCACAAAAUUCAGACAGUGGAGAGACGGAAGCUUGUGGAGCAAGAACUUGAGAAAGCACAGGGGGAGAUCCCUGAAUACAGGAAAAUAUCAGAGACUGCCGAAGAGUCAAAAAUACAAGUGUUAAAAGAGUUGGACAGCACGAAGAGACUCAUUGAAGAAUUGAAGCUCAACCUCGAGAGGGCACAAACAGAAGAAGAUCAGGCAAAGCAAGACUCAGAACUCGCGAAGCUACGGGUGGAAGAGAUGGAGCAAGGGAUUGCUGAUGAGGCUAGUGUUGCUGCCAAGGCACAGCUUGAGGUUGCUAAGGCCAGGCAUACAGCUGCGGUUUCAGAGCUGAAAUCUGUAAAAGAGGAGUUAGAAGCACUGCGUAAAGAAUAUUCUUCUUUGGUAACUGACAAAGAUGUGGCUGCCAAGAGAGCUGCAGAGGCUGUUGCUGCCUCCAAGGAAGUUGAGAAAACAGUUGAGGAACUCACUAUCGAGCUAAUUGCAACAAAGGAGUCGUUAGAGUCUGCACAUGCUGCCCAUUUGGAAGCGGAGGAACAAAGAAUAGGAGCGUCCAUGGCCAGGGAGCAAGAUUCUCUUAAUUGGGAUAAGGAACUAAAACAAGCUGAUGAGGAGAUUCAGAGACUUAACCAACAAAUUCUAUCAGCUAAGGAUCUCAAAUCGAAUCUGGAUGCUGCCUCAGCCUUGCUAGUUGAUUUAAAAGCUGAGCUAGCUGCUUACAUGGAAUCAAAGUUGAAGGAGGAAUGUGAUGAAGGAAACUCAAAUAGUGAGAUAGAGGAAUCAGAGAAAAAAACUCAUACCAACAUUCAAGCAGCAGUUGCUUCAGCAAAGAAUGAGCUUGAGGAAGUAAAGGUCAACAUAGAAAAAGCAUUGGCUGAAGUAAAUUGCUUAAAGAUGGCCGCUCAAUCAUUAAAAUUGGAAGUUGAAACUGAGAAAUCAGCUCUUGCCUCCAUGAGACAGAGAGAAGGAAUGGCAUCAAUAGCUGUUUCAUCUCUUGAAGUUGAACUGGACAGGACCAAAUCAGAGAUAGCUCUUGUUCAGAUGAAGGAGAAAGAGGUCACAGAGAAGAUGGUAGAACUACCCAGGAAAUUACAGCAAGCAGCGCAGGAGGCUGAUCAGGCCAAGGCACUAGCUCAAAUGGCUCGUGAAGAGCUGCGAAAGGCAAAGGAAGAAACAGAGCAAGCAAAGGGCACAGCAAGCACUAUGGAGAGUAGGUUACUUGCAGCACGAAAAGAAAUAGAGGCUGCCAAAGCUUCAGAAAAAUUGGCGCUAGCAGCUAUCAAGGCCUUGCAAGAGAGUGAAUCAGCUAGAUCGUCUAAUGAUGUAGAAUCACCUGCAGGGGUAACACUUUCUUUAGAGGAGUAUUAUGAGCUCAGCAAACGGGCCCAUGAGGCAGAAGAGUUGGCGAACCUGAGGGUUGCAUCUGCUAACUCUGAAAUAGAACUAGCUAAGGAAUCUGAGUUGAGAAGCUUGGAAAAGUUGGACGAAGUUAAUCGGGAGAUGGCUUCUAGAAGAGAAGCAUUGAAAAUUGCAAUGAAUAAGGCCGAGAAGGCCAAGGAAGGGAAGUUGGGAGUAGAACAGGAGUUGAGAAAGUGGAGAUCAGAACACGAGCAACGACGCAAGGCGGGUGAAUCUGGUCAGACUGCGGUGAAUUCUAUAAAAAGCCCAAGGGCUAGUUUUGAGGGGAGAAAAGAAGCUACAACCUCUGACCGGGUAUCUGAUGCUACUGUUCCUGUACAUUACGCUCCAAGCCCGAAGUCAUAUGUGCGUGGGAAUGACAGUGAAACUGAUUCAUUCCAAGAAACCAAGGCCGGGAAGAGAAAGAAGAAAUCAUUGUUCCCCCGGUUUCUUAUGUUUUUGGCAAGGAGAAAGGGUCAUACUACCAAGUCAACAUAACCUCUCCUUGGAAUUACUACUUCUUUGUUGUGGUUUAAGCUCUUAUUUGUUGGUGGUUCCUCUGGCAGUGAACAUAAAUAUACUAAAUUUACCAUACAGGAAUUUCUUGGAUGUACAUUUUGGUGAUUUGUUUAUGUAUACUAAAGUUGAUUGGAUGAUUUGUUUAUGUGUAAUAAAGUUGGUUGGACUUAUAAUUUUUCUCACUGAAGUCAUCAUAAUUUUGGUGAUUUUGGCCAAAGACUAUUAUGUACAGGCCUAGGAAUGUUGAAGGUAUACUGCUGUAAUAGUUUUUCAAGUUUGCAUGAUCAAAGAAUUGGUGUGGGUUUCUUGUGAGCUA